AUGACAAAACAAAUUACUGACCGUCAACAAGUUGUGAAACCCCCCGACGACCCCAGACCUCACAUAAAUAUUGCCAAGACACCUUCAGUAACUGCAGUUUUACAUAACACAGCUCAAUCAACCUUGGCUCAGACUCGUCUUCCCUUGGGAGGUCGUUACGUCACGGCCCGCGGGUGUCAGUCUCUAGUAUAUAAACAGGUGGCAUCCCUCACAGAGCAUCAGUCAGACUCACCUUCCCCCACAGGAAUGUUUCUCCAGGUUGUGUUCGUCGCCGCUCUUGUGAUGGGGUCCUUGGCCCGCGCCGAGCCUCCUCCAGGCUACCGACCUCCAUACACACCCCCAACUCACCCACCCUACACCACACCUCCAUCUUAUCCAUCCUACACCACGCCUUCAUCUUAUCCAUCCUACACCACACCUCCAACUUACCCCACCUAUCGUCCCUCACCCACAUAUGGCGUCCCAACUUCUGAGGCUCCGGCUCGGUACGACUUCAACUAUACCGUCAAAGACGACGCUUCAGGAAACGACUUCGGUCAUCAGGAGUCCCGUGACGGCCCCCACACCCAGGGAUCUUACUAUGUGCUGCUUCCCGACGGUCGUCUGGAGAAGGUGACCUACACUGUCGACGGUGACUCCGGCUACGUGGCCCAGGUGACCUACGAGGGCCAGGCACAACACCCAACAACCCAACCCCAGUACCCAUCAUAUGAACCCCAAUACCCAUCACCUCAGCCCCAGUACCCAUCACCUCAUCCUCAGUACCCAUCUCCCAAGCCCACAUACCCUUCGACUCCUUAUUACGGCUAAAGUAGCCGACAUAUGAAACCUAAAAUUUAUGUACUGGUAUUCAUAAUAUUUAAAAAGCAUCAGCAAAUAGUUUGGCAGAUUAAACAAUUUCAAGA